AUGCAAUACGUGCGCUCCUUGUCCGGCUCCGUGUCCAAGACGUGGAACUCGAUCAACCCAGCCACCCUCAGCGGCGCAAUCGACGUCAUUGUCGUCGAGCAGGAAGAUGGCUCUCUUGCUUGUUCGCCCUUCCACGUUCGUUUUGGCAAGUUCUCUCUACUGAGGCCUUACGAGAAGAAGGUCGAGUUCAAGGUCAACGAUGAGCGUCGUGACUUUCCCAUGAAACUGGGAGAGGGAGGUGAGGCCUUCUUCGUCUUCGAGACUUCUUCCAGCGUGCCCGAAGCUCUUCAAACAUCUCCCUUGGUCUCACCUGCCCAGAGUCCUGACUUCAAAUCCUCUGAAUCGAGUGCUCUGGCGGAACCCGACUCUCUUGAUUUGAACUCCUUGUCGGCUACCCUGCCAGCUGCCCCCACAUACAACCGGAGAGAGCACGCCAAAUCCGUCGCUGCAAUCAACUUCAACCCUCUCCAUCCAGAUGAAAGACGUGCACGGAGCGACAACGGCCAGGUCGAAUCUCAAGAUGAUCACGCCGACCAGUCUGCCGCCAGCGACUAUCCCAAACCUCUCCCUGCCCACCUUCAUCGCUCAGCCACCGACGAUGCCGUUCCCGCUGCGAAAGCUGCCAUAAACGCCUCCAUCAAGGCAAGCGACCCUAUAACACAACCCCUACAGUCCGAGUCUUCUCGCUCAAGGACUGACCGAUCUACAAGCCCUCCGCCCCUCUCUGGCGAAGAAGCCAUGACAAGAGCCAUCAAUCUCUCUAAAAAGCUAUGGAGUUCAAACAUUCCUUCCCAAGUCACCGACAAAGGUGACAUCAUGCUGGACAUGACGGGUUACAAGAGCAGUGAAGAUGAAGGCUUGCGCGCUGAGGUUUUGGCCAGGAGGAUCCUGUCGGAAGAGCUCGAAGGAAACUAUGACAUUGGCUCGUUGAUCGGUGCUGAUGAGAAGGGCAAUCUAUGGAUCUACAGCAGCGAAGAGGCAAAGGAACAAGCCAACCAGAAAGUCGCCCAGGGCCUGAAUGUGCUCAAUCCCGCUGGCUUCACUUCAGCCGAUGCUCUGUCAGAUCCGGGAUACCAUUCAGAUGAUUCUCGCAGCGAAACGAGUGCCACGUUCAGCGGCUCGCAUAUUCGACGAGACUCUGACAGUGCCGUAGGUCUCACAUCCGGUCCUGCCUCUGCCCAGGCCGUCGGCGAUCCCAACCGCAACUACGCAAAGACGCUUCGCCUGAGUAGCGACCAACUCAAAUCUCUGGAUCUAAAACCAGGACCCAACACCAUGAGUUUUAGCGUCAACCGUGCUACCUGUACUGCUUUCAUCUAUCGCUGGCGUUGGGAUGUGCCUAUCGUCAUCUCAGACAUUGACGGUACCAUCACCAAAUCCGAUGCUCUGGGCCACGUCCUUAACAUGAUUGGUCGUGACUGGACCCAUCUUGGUGUAGCCAAGUUAUUUACAGAGAUCUCGGCCAACGGCUAUAACAUCUUAUAUCUCACCUCGCGAGGAGUAGGCCAGGCAGAUACGACGAGGAAUUACCUCGCAAAUGUGGUGCAAGACGGAGGGUUUAAAUUACCCAGGGGCCCAACAAUCAUGAGUCCUGAUCGAACGAUCGCCGCCUUAAGACGAGAAGUCUACCUUCGAAAGCCUGAAGUUUUCAAGAUGGCUUGUCUGCGCGAUAUCAUGGCCCUGUUUACUGGAUCGGGUGGCAGCAAUAAUCCAGAUAAAGCAGGCCCUACGACCUCGGCCGAGAGCAGUAAUGGUAUCGUUGGAAGAUCAAGCGGAAAGGGCGGCUCCCCUUUCUAUGCAGGUUUUGGAAAUCGUCUGACGGAUGCGCUAUCAUAUCGCUCUGUUAACAUUCCUAGCACAAGGAUCUUCACCAUCAACUCCAACGCGGAAGUCUCGCUAGAUCUGCUAUCGUUGAACACUUACAAGACUGGUUAUGUAAGUAUGCGCGAGAUUGUGGACCACUAUUUCCCACCUGUGGGACUACUGGUCAAAGGUGGUGGUGAAGAGUUCACCGAUUUCAACUACUGGCGCGAGAAACCCCUCGAGCUUGCCGACUUUUCCGCUUCUGAGAGCGACGAUGAU